UUCUUCUCCGUUUCUCUCCAACAUAUCUCUCUCUCUCUCCUCUCUCUCUCUCUCUCUUCCCGCCAAUUCCUUCUCUCACUCACGCUCACCCCGUGUAAAAAUCUAGAGUGAGAUUUGCAACGCAUCCAAAGUUGCCUAUAUUCUAACUUUUUCUCUCUUUUAUUGGAAUAUAUAUAUCUUGAGACCAAAAGCAAAAGUUUUCAUUUUACUUUUGCUUCCUAUUAGUAUUACUACUAGUUAGUACCCAUAUUUUCUUGGCAAUUUCUUUCACUACAAACUCCCCAAACCUCUUAAUUCCUUCAGAAUAUCUUCUUCCCCACUAGAUCCACUUUUCCAUCUCAACCUUCCACUCCUAAAUAUUAAGCAUCUCCUUCCCCAAAAUAUUUCUAUCUACACCUCCAGCACAUUUCUUUCUACACCCCCCCCCCCCCCUCAAAAACCUUACUUUUUUAAGCUUUAAAAACCAACCUUGUUCCUCUUCCUCUUCUUUGAUGCAAACAAAAACUCUUUCUUUUUACUCUCUCACUUCACUCAAACAACCUUAACACCCACAAAAACCUUAAAACCCACAAAAAAUCUUUCUUUUUCCUCUCUCUACCAUGUCUCUACAGAAGCUCAAGCAACUGAAGCUUGAAACACCAAGUUCAGUUUUUGAAGAUGACCCAUCAAUCAAAAGAAAGAGAAAACCCAAAAAAAAGCUUCUUCGUAUCAUAAUCACCGACCAUGAUGCCACUGAUUCUUCCGAUGAAGAGAGAGAGAAAAACAACCAAAACAGAACAGAGAGAAAAGGGAAGAGAGAAAUCUUUGAAAUUAACAUGCCCCUUCCCGUACUAGAUUCUUCUUUCUCAUUUUCUUCUCGUUCAUCUUCUUGUUCAUCGGAGAAAACCCACAAAAAGCGAAACAGAGUCAAGAAAACACCACCAACCCCCGCCGUCACGCUCCACCACAACAAGUACCGCGGUGUAAGACAGCGGCCGUGGGGAAAAUGGGCUGCUGAGAUCCGUGACCCGAUCCGCCGGAAACGUGUCUGGCUUGGAACAUUUGUAACGGCGGAGGAAGCCGCCGCUGAAUAUGACAGAGUAGCGUUGUUGUUAAGAGGUCCUGACGCCAUUACCAACUUUCCGGUAACUCCAACGGAAGCACAAACUGAAGUACCGCUGCCAGAAAACUCCGGUGGGAUUAACGGCGGUGCUGGUUACUCCGACGUUUUGGCUUCUCCGACGUCUGUUUUAACUUACUGUGACUCGACGCCGUUUGACGGUUUCCGUUACUGUAACGUGGAUGCUUUUGGGUUUAACAUCGACGCACCGAUAAGUUUGCCGGACGUUAACGUUACGCUGACGUGUCAUCAGAAAUUGGAGAAAGAAGAAGCGUUUGAAGAGUUUGAUCUUGACGAGUUUAUGACGUGGCCGUUCUGAAAAUGUUGAGGGCUUAUUUGUCUUUUUGAGAAAAAAACAAGGACUGUUUGGUAAUUAUGCUGUUUUGUUGCUGCUGGUUGUAUAAUUCCGAAGAUGCCCUUGGUUGAGCUGAAGUUUGAAGUUUUGUCUUGCUCAUUGGAAGAGUGUAGAGAAUAUUAAUUAGAGAAUGAAUAUGUGUGAAUUUAAUUUGUAAUUAUCUAUUAAAUUAUUAUUAUUAGUGAAAAAUAUUAGUAGUAAAAGAAUGAUUGUCAAAACUAAUGAGUGAGAUUGAAAGGAAAAAAUUAUCAAAGUGAGGACUAUUGUAAUUUCAAUUUUCAAACAUUAGAGUUGACAAGUAUAUAAGAAAUAUAAAUGCUAUAUGCAGUAGUAUAUAUAUUAAGAAA